AUGCCGACGGAAAGCCCCAAGAAACCGCGCGCUAAGCACGCGUGUAGGGAGUGCAACUCGCGACGCAUCCGCUGCAAUGUCACUGAGCGCCACCCAUGUUCGAACUGCGAGACGGCACGGGUGAUUUGCGAAGUCAUUCCGUCGCGGAGAGGCCGGUACCUACGGAAAUCCAAGAGGCAGAAGCCGACGGAAGAGGCCGCAUCGGCGACUCCGGAGCCCGUAGCUGCCCCAGCCGCGUCGUCCGCUCUCACCGCUGAUGUCGCCGCGACGCUUGCUUCUAUGAGCACUGUCUCUCCGUCGCAUGGACUUCCGGGCUCUUCCGGCAUAUCGCAGACUCCCUUUCACGCCGAGACGCCGGCGUCGUGCCAUUCCUCGUCGGGAACUACGGGCAGCAGCCGAUUCUUCGGAGAGUCAAACUUCAUCACGCUUGUCCCUGGAGCAUCUGGGUCCGGAAGUGAAAUUACUGCUGGCGAUGGGGUGUUGAAGGGUCGCCUCACCUUUCCGGUACCGCAGACGCCCCAACCUCAAGAUCUGGCUACUUCGCCUGCCAUCACGAAUACCUUGAGCUCUGCAACAGAGCGUUAUCUUCGGGAUGAGGGAGCACUCAGCUUCCCCGACAUGCAGAGUUGUCUUCCGGCUUUACAUGCUUACUUCACAUGGUUCCAUCCCUGCUUUCCCAUCCUUGACCGCGCAGAUAUUGCGAGGCGCCUCGUGACGAUGGAUAUCUCGCCGCUGUUGCUGCAAGCCAUGCUUUUCAUCGGAUCGACGUAUUGUGAUGACGCAACAAUUCUCGGCAUGGGUUUCAAAGACCGAUCCGAAGCCAAGAGCCUGACAUAUUCUCGCGCGCGGGUUUUGUUCCAUGCUAAUUGGGAGAAGGAUGAAUUCACUCUCAUUCAGUCACUCUUUCUAUGCAGCUUCUGGCGGGGUGGACCAACAGAUUGGAGAGACGUAAGGUAUUGGCUCGGGGCCGUUUUAACCCUUGCCCAAACACAUGGCCUUCAUCGUUCAACCCGAUUCAUCACGAAGGAUCCUCAUUUCGCUCGGAUGAGACGAAGAGUGUGGUGGUCAAUCUACGUCCGAGAGCGGCAAGCAUCUGUAUCACUAGGACUACCUUGUCGGAUCCGCGAUGAGGAUUGUGACAUCGAGCCGCUUACUGCAGCUGAUCUAGAAGAUGAUGCUGACGGACAGCGAGCAACUGGUUUCGGUGCACCAAAAUCAGAGCAUAAAUAUUACGCUAUCAAGAUGAUCGACAUUGCUCGUCUUCUUGGGAGAAUCAUGGACACCCACUUCGCGCCCGGUCGAGGCCCACCAGCACCGACAGAAGUCCGUGAUUUGAAGCAGCAGCUCGAGGAGUGGAAGCAGGGUCUACCAGAAGACAUGCGUAGAGGUCCAGAUGAUGGGCAGUCUUCGGUCUUGACCUGCUUGAUCCACCUUGCCUACAACCACCUCCGUAUUCUGGUGCAUCGAAACGGAUGGCUGCGGAACAGGAAUCAAGAAGACAAAAGAGUAGCUCUCGCCGCUGCCUGCCGUAUCAGUCGCAUAGCCGAAGACAUGCUUGCGCAAAAGACGUUGCAGUAUGGCCAGAUGCACCUACUCACCAGCCUGUUCGCGGCUUUUUGUAUCCAUGCAAUCGACAUAAAGUCCGCAGAGGGUAUCAGUCGACGACUUGCCGAACAUAGAGCCCAGAUGUGUCUUCUCGGUCUCAAAGAGAUCCAGAAGUAUUGGCGUAUCAACAACAAUGUAUUGGACCUAUUCUUGCAGUACCUCGAUGAAUCUAUUGCCAAAAGACUCAACGGCGAUAGCGGCGAGUCUGUACCGACGAACGCGCUCCCCAACUCCACCGCGCGUCUCGGUCCCUUCAACGACGUAGGGACGAGCCCUCCGCAAACUCUACUCCAAGGUGCUCUCCAGCAAGCGAGGCCCGACGCCAUGGAAAAUCAAUACUUCAGUCUAAUGCGCACCAACUGGGACGGAGAGGAUGCUCUCGAGGAUCUCGGGCUGUUUCUGGAUCCCCAGCUGUAUGCCAAUGGGCCAAUGCAGGUAGAGGGCCUCAAUUUCCUCCAGCGGUGCCUGUGA